GGCGGGCUCACUCGCACUCCCUCCCGGUCCUGCCUGCCUGCCUCUCCCACCCGGGACGCGCCUCCCUCCCGCAGCCCAGUCCCGUGAGCUCCGCGUCUCCGCUGCUGUCUUCUCCCGCCGCCGGGCCAGAUCGGAUCUGAGUAGGAGCAUGGAACCAGGGCAGCCCCGGGAGGCCCGCGAACCCGGACCAGGGGCAGAGACCGCCGCGGCGCCACGCUGGGAGGAAUCCAAGACUUUCUAUGACAACCUCUCGUCCAAGAAAAAACCCAAAUCGCCGAAGCCUCAGAAUGCGGUCACCAUCGCAGUGUCCUCCAGAGCCCUGUUCCGAAUGGAUGAGGAACAGAGGAUCUACACGGAGCAGGGUGUAGAGGAGUAUGUGCGAUACCAGCUGGAGCAUGAGAAUGAGCCCUUCAGCCCCGGGCCUGCCUUCCCCUUUGUGAAGGCCCUGGAGGCUGUGAACAAGCGACUUCGGGAGUUGUACCCCGACAGCGAAGAUAUCUUUGACAUUGUCCUCAUGACCAACAACCAUGCUCAGGUGGGAGUUCGUCUCAUCAACAGUAUCAACCAUUAUGACCUGUUCAUUGAGCGAUUCUGCAUGACAGGUGGCAAUAGCCCCAUCUGCUACCUCAAGGCCUACCACACCAACCUCUACUUAUCAGCCGAUGCAGACAAAGUGCGGGAAGCCAUCGAUGAGGGGAUUGCAGCUGCCACCAUCUUCAGCCCCAGCAGAGAUGUGGUUGUGUCCCAGAGUCAGCUCCGCGUGGCCUUCGAUGGGGAUGCGGUUCUCUUCUCCGAUGAGUCAGAGCGCAUCGUCAAGGCCCAUGGGCUGGAUAGAUUCUUUGAGCAUGAGAAGGCCCAUGAGAACAAACCUUUGGCACAGGGCCCCCUAAAGGGCUUCCUGGAAGCACUGGGUAGACUGCAAAAGAAAUUCUACUCCAAGGGCCUUCGUCUGGAGUGCCCGAUUCGCACUUAUUUGGUGACGGCGCGCAGUGCAGCCAGUUCCGGAGCCCGGGCCCUCAAGACCCUGCGCAGCUGGGGCCUGGAGACGGAUGAGGCCUUAUUCCUAGCUGGAGCACCCAAGGGUCCCCUUCUUGAGAAGAUCCGUCCACACAUCUUCUUUGAUGACCAGAUGUUCCAUGUGGCUGGAGCUCAGGAGAUGGGCACGGUGGCCGCCCAUGUGCCUUAUGGUGUGGCUCAGAAUCCCCGGAGGGCUGCCGCUGCGAAGCAAUCAUUAGGUGCACAGUAAUGAGCCACCUUGCUCCAGGCCCCCCCGUCACACUUCUGAACUUCAUCUGGUGAACUUUUCUGGCUCCUCUCUGUCCACUCUCCUGCAUGCCGCCGACAUCCCUCCGUGCCAGGUACUCUUAGAAAGUUAUGAAAACAGAACCAACAGUCUCAAAAUCCCUUCCGGGCAAACACUGCCGUGACCCUGACUAAAAAGCAGGGUUCUGCAGGGUAGCCUGGCUGUCAGGGAGAAACUGGUGGGAGAAAGAGUGAUGUGGUCAGAGAAGCCAGGAUGCCAAAGGGCUUGGGAUGAAACAUGUCUCAUGUAGUGCAAGGAACAUUGUGUGAACGUGGGUAGAUUUAACAUCUAAAGCCGACCUAGCAUGAACUGCAUGCCUUAAGUCCCGUUUCCUAAGCCUCAUUUACUUCCACCUUUUAGGUGAUUUUCAAUUUGUUCUUUAGCCAAAGAAGCUUGAUUUUUAUAAGAUUAUGCACUAAAUUAAUCACUGUGGUGGGGCUGCUGGUAUCUAUGGCACCUGUGUAAAUUAUAAAAGUAAGGCUUGAUUCCAGCCCUCUGCCCCUCAACCCUGAGGCCCAUCAAAUGGGAACUAUGCACAGCGAUGCCAAGAAGUUCUGUAUAUACUUUCCCAUGGUUAGAAACCACUGCACAAGAUGACCUUUUGCUUGCUGUGAUUUGCUAACCUGAGCCAUGGAGAGCUGCUACAUGGAAGGUUCCUCUGAAGAAGUGAAGGGAGGAAUGUGGCCCUCAUGCAAAUCCUCCUGUAGCCAGCAGGGGGCACUGCAGGCUCUCCCUGGAGAAGGCUUUGGAGACUUACCAACUCUGGGUUUCCCCUGCCUUCAGUUUUUAGGCCAAGUUCAGUGAGUCCUGUCUGCCAAUCUCCUCACCUCGGUCCUGAGUCUGCCAGUCACUUCCACCUGCCAUGCUAUAAGGGCGUUCUAGCCCCAAAUUUGGAGAAAGCAUAGGCUCUAGAGCAAGUCGUGGUCCAGGCUGAACCUGAGGUAUAGGUGCUACAGAUGUGGGAAGUGUCAGGUCUGUUCUGAAACCAACGAUGCUAAGGAAGUGAUAGCUUAGAGAGGAAUGAGCUGAAUGUGCACCAGCAUGAUUCUGCUGUGGAUAGUGAGUAGAAGCCAGUUAGAGUUACCCUGGAAGUAUACGCUGUCAUGGGGCACUGUGCAAAGGAUUCUGGGAUGAGCUGACCUCCCUGGGAGGUACCAGCGAUUACUCCAUCUUUGCAUGAAUCUCUACAGCCCUUUCUUCUCCACAUGAUGAGUGAUGAUCCACCUCCUCCUUUGCUAAGCAGCCCUGGAACUCAGAGGAAGGGUGGAAGAGUGGCUGGUUGGUCCCCUAUGAAGACAAGAAGGGGAAUGGUGUGCACUGAUUGCCUGGCUCCCACAGGGAUUUCAGCAAUGAGGGAAUCCAGAAGCACCAUCAGAGGGCCAGGAGCUGCAGAGGGCCCGAGAAGAGGAGCCUGGGGGCAGGGUGAAGGGCAGCCGGGGACUCUAACCUCUGUCCUUCUAGGCAUUUGAAUCAGGAUCUGAAUGAAUACGUGGUCUGGGCAGGGUGUCCCAGGGUGACAGCUGCAGGAAGGAGGAAGAAGAUGCAGGGACUCCCAGAAAUAAGCACCAACUUGGGCCAGAAGAGAAACCCUGGGCCAGGCUUGCACUACUGUGCCUGUGGCAUGCAGAUGCUAUUCCUGGAAGGAACAUGAGGUUGGCACCCACCACAGGUGCUUUAUGGGGACACUGGCAUUGCAGCCAGGAGGGCAUGAGGUGAAGGUGUCUUUACACAGGGCCAUUUCCAUCAUUAUAACCAGGACCCUUCAGGACGUCAGAAGAGGCCUGGGGGUAGAACAAAGUCUGUGAGGGGAUUCCUGCACUAUUGGUACCCCACGCCCAGCCAGAGAUGCUGUGUGCCCCAAGAAGAGCUGCAAGGAAAGGAAACAGGGAAGAGAGAGGAAGCUCGGCCUCAGGACACUUUCCAUCUUUACUGGGUCACACAACAGCCCUUGAAGGAUCUCAGCAGAGGCUCACAGUGGUCACAAGAAGCUUGUAAGGAUGUGUAGAGCAGGGGCCCACAGAUUGUCCUUAAGUUGUCCAGUCAGAAAAGAUCUGUGUUCCGUGAAGACAGCACCAGAUGUUGCUGAAUUUGGGAUCUGGGAUGCAUGAUGUCUAGUGCCCGCAGCCUGGUCAUGAAGGCUGCAAACGCUCCCAGGUUUCCCAGGAAACAGGGAUGGUGCCAUGCCAGAGCAAGAAGAUAAGGUGCAGGAAAGGGCUGUGGCUUUCACUGGAGCCACCAUUAAUAGAUACGGACAGCCCUUGACAGUGCAGAACGGUCCAAAUUCUAUUACUGAAACCACAGAUGAGCAUCUCAGUCUUGGACAAAAGCUUUUGAGGCUGGAGCAGUGGGCCAGACGUCCUGGGGGCAGGCUCUAGCUGCAGCCAGACAGUCUUCCUGGUGGCCUCCAGAGCUGAAGAGGAGCCUGGCAGCAUGAAGCUUCAUUUAUUGAUUGUGUUACCAGGAGAUUUAAAAACCAACGGAGCAACAAAAGCCCCAGGAGAAGCCUCAGACUGCAGCACUGGGGUAGAGGAGCCACCACUCCCAGAACACUGGACCCCUUUAGCUGGAAGUACCACAUCCCUAGCUAGGUCUGGCAGGAGACUCCUCCUAGAAAGUGCUUGCCAACAGAAUUCCAGGCCCGGUGGAACUACCACUCAGCAGAACAGUAGCUCUGUUUGUUAUUAAGCAUGGAGACUGCUAAAACUGCCAUAGAACUCCCUGCAGGGGAGGGAGAUAUAGCUGGACAUCUGGCUCCAUUGGUAGCAUGCUUGCCUACUGAACACAAAACACUGGAUUCAACUCACAGCAAUGCAUGCACUAAAUAUGAUGGUGCACACCUAUGCUUCCAACACCCGAGAGAUGAAGGCGGGGGGAAUCAGAAGGUCAAGGUCGGCUGCGCAGCCAGUCCACAGCCAGUCUGGGUUACAUGAGACCCCAUCACAAAAAGAAGGAAGCAAACUUUCCCCUACAUGAUGGCCCAACUGCAUUCAUGGGAAUGGAGCAGAAUGUGUUUGAAAGAAAAUAGAAGCUAGCAAGAUGUUCAAAUCCAAAAUGGGCUUGAUGUUACACCUCCAUUCAAUUAGUGUGUAUCCAUGCAGUCAAAGCAAUGAUUAGAAUGUCAAAUGUAGUAAAUAGCUCUGCUCCAAGUCCCUGGGUAUCCUUUGAUAAUGUCAGCUGCCCACUCUCCUCCCCUGGAAAUGCAUCUUAUGGUAAUCCAGCCUGCCUGCGGAUAUACCAGUACAGUGGCCCCUGUCUACUCCCUUGAGGUAUCUGGACCAUACAGAUUCAUGGAACUACCAUAACUUGCUCAAUGUUACCUAGCUAGCAGAUGUCAGUGCUGGGACACCCUCACAAUGGAAUGUACCAGAAUCCACCACAAACAUGGCAAGCUGUCCUACCUACUGUCAUGGUUGAAGUCACUAUCCCAUCAUGAUAGUCCCCCUUACAAAGCCCAGGCGUGGCCUCAGAUUCUGCAGGCAGCAUUUCAGGAGCCUGUCCCAGCUAGAGGUGGCAUGAAAGUUGGAACCUGAUUUACUAACUGCCCUUGAAGAUCAUCGCUUUCCAGCAGGCAGGCAUGAUCUUUGAUGGCCCUUCACUGAUGCUGUGGUAUGGCUCCAAGGAGGCCUGUCUCCAGUAGAAUAUGAAGAGGAGGAGGAGGAGGAUGAAGGUGAGGAUGAGGAUGAGGAGGACGAGGAUGAGGAUGAGGAGGACCAUUGGCCCUAUGCCUGGCAACUUCGCUGGAAAGGGUACCUGAGACAGGUACCCUGAGACAAAAUGUUCUGGGUUCUACCCUUAUGGCAAGGUGCAGAAACGUCUUUGGCCAGUAGGUGGCACUGCAGGCUGGCACGCAGCUGUGCCUGUAGUGCCUGGCUUACCUUUCUCUCCUUGUAUGCUACCGACUGUUGUGCUGGACUCCAGCGGCCAGAAAGGACUUCAGGUGCUCUGACAAUGUUCGCGAAGCAUCUCUGUAUGAUGAGCUGAUGGCUCUCACCGAAAACCACUGUGAGGGUGUGUGUGGAGAAACACCUAUGAAUGUGUGCCUCUGUACGGACUGAGUAUGUGUUUGUGGGUGUAAUGGCUCGUGUUUCUCUGCCGAUGACCCUGUGUGCAAGUGUGUCUGUGUCUCAGUGUAUCACGCACGCACACUUGCAAGCUUGGAGUGUGUACGGACAAUUCUGUUAUGUGAGGAUCCUGGGCCCCACGUGCUGAUGACCAGCAUCGCUCCUGGGGACUCUCAUCAUCUCUUGGGCAUUGCAUGUGCAUCACCUGAGUGACCCCCGAGGCCAGGUCUCAGUCUUCCUCUCUAGCUUUCUGCUUCUGUUCCACUUCUGUUGCCUCUGACCUCUCUGCCUCCUACCCCUGCGGUUCUGCAGCUUUGGGGAGGAAGUGGCAGAAUCUGCCACCACCUGACUCAAUCUCCAUGCAUCUCAUCUCUCCUCCCUACAGUGCCAGGGUUAAUAUGGUCCCAUUAGGAGCUACCUUGUGACCACCAAUAGGAAAGCUGACUUCCUUCUGGGCUUCCUGCUCUUGCCAGACAUGCUUCACCUAUGACCUUGACUGGGAAGUAUCUCCCUGAUGCCCCUGCCUUACCUCACCCCCCACUCAAGAGGGUUCAGAGAUUGAAUGAAUCAUGUUUGCAAAAUAAGAGCUUCUCUAAGACAAACCAAAACUCUGCAGAGCGGAGUCUCACACUCCUGGCCAAGGCUAAAUAUGCCUUCGUGGCUGCCUGCCACUGCUCAAGGCUAGGCUUGUAGCUGACACUGAUCACAAAGUUGCCAAGGUCAUUGCAAACAUACUGUGUGUGUGUCAGGGGUCACAAAUGCUAUGUCUACAGGAGCCGCACAGGAAACAGGCGCAAAGAGCAGUGGGCAAGGUCUUGAGAAGAAAAAUAGCAUCAAGAAUCCAGCAUACCCUUGCCACAUAGGAAUUUGGGCCCUGGUGUUCCAUCUUGUUUUGUUUUGUUUUGUUUUGUUUUCUGAGAAAUUAGAAAUUUGAACUUUCAAUUAUUGGCAACCAUUUCAAGUUUAGAAAACUUUGUACAGGCCAAAAGAAGCUUAUGUUGUUAGCCAAAUCCACCCCUCCGAUCUCCAAUUUGCUCAUUUGGCUGAAGCCCAGUGAAUUAGAAUUAGACCCAAGUUACUGAGAAUGGAAGGAACAUUACUCUCAGAAUCUCAGCUUGGGUUUUUAAGAGACCUUAGAUAGGCUGUAAAAUACCCCUGGUGUUUUAAGUGCUGGGGUACAAGCCAGGCUUGGAAGUGUACACCUGUUAUCCCAGCACUAAAGAACCUAAGAUUGGAGGAUGCUAAAUUCAAGGCCAGCCUGGCUUACAUAUCAAGACUCUAUUAAAAAAAAUAAAAAGUGAAUGAUACUGAAUAUGGUUGGUGGUCCACACCGUUAAUCCCAGCACUCUUGACACAGAAGUAGAUGGAUCUCUGUGAGUUCAAGGCCAGCCUGUUCUACUUAGCAAGCUGCAGGAGAGUCAACGCUACACAGAGAGGUCUUGUUUUUAAAAUUAAACAAGCUGGGUGGUGGUGGUCCACUUCUUUAAUCCUAGCACUCAUGAGGCAGAAGCAGGCAAAUCUCUGAGUUCAAGGCCAGCCAGGGUCUCAGUUUGUCUCUCUGGUUUUCAGAGUGAGUUCCAGGAAGCCCAGGGCUACACAGGGAAACCCUGUCUUGGAUUAAACAAACAAACAAACAAAC